AUGGUGCACUACGAUGAGAGUGAGGCCACCGCCAAAUGCCACGGCGGCGACGAGGUGGCCGUGACGUUCACGUCCACCGUGGUGCCGGCGCUGCCGCUGCAGGAGCACCGCCUGCCGCUCUCCAACCUCGACCUCAUCCUGCCCCCCAUCGACGUCAGCGUCUUCUUCUGCUACGCCGCCGGCGACGACUACGCCGCAGCUGGUACAGGUAGCCACCCCGCGCCGACCCUGAAGGCGGCGCUGGCCAAGGUGCUGGUGGCGUACUACCCGCUCGCCGGCGAGGUCGUGGCCAACGCCGCGGGGGAGCCGGAGCUGCUGUGCAGCGGCCGCGGCGUCGACUUCGCCGAGGCGGCCGCGGACGGCGUCGAGCUGCGGGAGCUGCGGCUCGGCCUGCCGGACGAGAGCGUCGAGGGGCUGGUGCCCAAGAAGAAGUCCGGGGUCAUGAGCGUGCAGGUUCGGAUCACUGCCAUACGUACAUGCUUCAUGCAUCGUGUUUGUUGCCUUGUUGGUGUACGUACGUCUAGCGUUCGUACGUACUGGCGUCAGCAUCACCUCGCCACGUGGAGCUAUUACCCAGAGUACUUUAGUGUUCAAUUAAAUCCAUGUGCUGGUCAACUGCUUCCAUCCUGUCGAACUCACCACCUCCAACUGCAUCUUGUGACCAAGUUUAAGUGCGGCGGCGCCGUCGUCGGCUGCACGUUCGACCACCGUGUCUGCGACGCCUACUCCUUCAACAUGUUCCUCGUCGCGUGGGCCGCCGCGGCCCGGGGCACGUCCAUCCCGCUGCCCCCGUCCUUCAACCGUUCAUUCCUCGCGCCGAGCAGCCCGCCUCCGUCGUGCACCGCCGGCACCCUCGCCGACCGCCUCUUCCUCCCCGUCAGCCUCGUGCCACCGCCGCCAGCCACAGCGGCACCACCCACAGCUUUCAACCGCAUCUACCACGUGGCCGCCGCCGAUGUCGCCGCGCUGCAGGCCUCGGCGGGACCCGGGCGCACGAAGCUGGAGGCGUUCACGGCCCACCUGUGGCAGCUCUACUCCAGGGCGGCGACGCCGCGGCAGGACUCGUGCUGCAUGGGCGUCGUUGUCGACGGGCGCGGCCGCUUGUGCCCCGACGGCGCCAUGAGGCCCUACUUCGGCAACGUGCUGACCAUCCCCUACGGCGCGUUCGGCGCCGCCGACCUGCGCGACAUGGCGCUCGCGGACGUGGCGGAGGACGUGCACCGAUGGGUGGCGGAGGCGGCGACGGGCGAGCAUUUCCAGGGGCUGGUCGACUGGGUGGAGGCGCAGCGACCCGAGCCCACGGUGGCGAGGGCUUACAUAGGCGGCGGCGACGACGACGGCGGCGAGGGGGAGACGGCCUCGUGCGUGGUGUCGUCGGGACUGAGGCUCCCGUUCGGCGAGGUGGACUUCGGGUGGGGCCGUCCGGCGUUCGCGUCGUACCACUUCCCGUGGCCCGGCGGCGCCGGGUACGUGAUGCCGAUGCCGAGCGCGCGCGGGGGCGGGGACUGGGUGGUGUACGUCCACGCGGCGCCGGAGGUGGUGAAGGUGAUGGAGGAGGAGCCGACGGUGUUCAGAGCCCCGGUGAGCAGCGACAUAUUCGGGUGA